UCAGAAGGUGCUGAGCAUAAGAAGGGGAGAAGCCAGGAUGGCAGCAGACAGCAACAUGGCUCCUGAAGAAAAGCCGAGCACUGCUCCUGUGAAAAGGGCUGUCCACAAGAUCCGAAUGGCCAGCCAGGUCUUCAGCUUGGCACGAGGUUGGCAGCAGUGGGCAUCUGACCACCACAUAAAGCAAGAGCAAGAGCCCUCUGGAUGGGUCCCCACUGCAGAAAGCUCAUCAGUUCAGCCUGUACAAGAAAGUUCCUUUCAAAAAUGGCAAAUUCCAUCUGUCAAGAGGGACCAAGAAAAAGAUGAUGAAAAAUCCUUAGCAAAGAAAUGGGUGACAAUAAGAGAUGCUGAAAAAAAAUCAAGGGAAUCAGAUGAAGCCCUCAAAAUGUUCAGCAUUAAAAGCAAAGAGGUGACCAAAACAGUUGUCAGCAAAGCCUACGAACGAGGGGGUGAUGUCAGCCUCCUCAGUGAAAGAUACGAGAACAACAACAGCAGCUCCGAGAUGACCAAACUCAAAGAAGAAUCAAGUGCUAUUGACAAAAUUCUUAGCAGCAAAUUACCUUCAACCAUAAGGAGAAAGUGUUCAAACGUGGUAUCAGAGCUGACCAAGGGCUGGGAGAAGAUGGAAGAAGAGGACAAAGAUGGGGCCAAGGAAGAGCUGCUCCUUAAGUGCCGUGAUGACAGCCUGGAUGCCCAGGACAGUGGCUAUGGGGAAGCAGAGGACAAGCUCGAGCAGGAAGACAGUGACCGGGAAGUGACAGCUGUGAGGAUUAAACGGCCUGUACAAUCUCUCGCCAGCCGGCUGGGCGAGGAGGCGCGGAGCAAGGCGCGCAGGAAAUGCAGCGCCGUGCGCAGCCUCAAGGACAGGUGGCAGGAAUGGGCCGACCAGCACAUCAUAACGCAGAAGCUGAACCCCUUCAGCGAGGAGUUUGACCAUGAGCUGGCCAUGUCCACGCGCCUGCACAAAGGAGAUGAAGGAUACGGCCAUCCCAAGGAAGGAACCAAAACCGCUGAGAGAGCCAAGAGAGCUGAGGAGCACAUCCACCGGGAGAUCAGGGACAUGUGCUUCAUCAUUGAAUCCAUGGCUAGGCCACGGCCCGACGGCAAGAUCCAAGUCACUUUUGGGGAACUCUUCGACAGAUAUGUUCGUAUUUCAGAUAAGGUUGUUGGGAUUCUGAUGAGAGCCAGGAAACACGGGCUGGUGGACUUUGAGGGAGAAAUGUUAUGGCAAGGAAGGGAUGAUAAUGUCAUAAUUACUUUAUUAAAAUAAGUAGGCUAUAACCAGAACAACUUUUGGAAAACUUUUCUCCCCUUCUCCCUUGCCACUAGCAUUUACACAUAUUGAAUAUAAGAUUCCCCUGUUCACCACAUAGAAAAGAGUAUUUUUUUAAAUACGUAAUUUAUAACUAAUGCAUGAUAACCCAAGCAUCCAAAUGGACUUCAUUUUGUACCACAAGUGCUUGCAGGACAAUUAAGUUAAUUACUACAUGAAAAAUAAGGAGAAAAAUCUAUAUGAAUAUAAGCAGCUGAUGAUAAAAGCCCAUAGCAAUAUAAAUAGCUACAAAUUACUUCCAAUUUCUACUUCUUCUUACAUUAAGAUAUUCCCAGCCUAUUUAAACUGGCAUAUCAGGAAUAUGAAAUAUGUCAGAUCAGAAGCUGAAUGACAAUAUAGACUCAGACCAAGUUUUUGAUCAGCAAAAUGGUCUUGUGCAUGCAUUUCCUAAUUAAUUUAUUUAUAUACAAGUAAAAUGAUCUUAUUUUAAUACAGAAUCAAGGAUACCACAUUGGUUCAUGUUACAAGCAGGAUAUGCAACUACUACUGCAGUAUUAUCUUGUGGCAACUGUUGACCCAGCUUUCUCUUACAUAUUUUGUAAAAAUCCUUCUUUUUAUAAAUGGGGUUUUAUAUAUUUAUUGUAUUUAUAUAACUAAUUUUUUAGAUAGUUUCAUAAACUUAUGGAGGUUGGAAUGUAAUGAAUAAAAAAGUUUUGAUUAGACAGCUACCUAAAAAACACCUUCUAUGCAACAUUGUGCAAUGUCGCAUCUGAUUAUCUAUGCAGAUACUGUUCCUUUAAGUACAGGGAAAAAUAAUAUGUAUCAUAUAAAAACUAGCCAGGUACUUGUACUUUUGUAUACAGCAAAAAAAGUUGACUAAAAUCAUCAACUUCCAUUGAAAUGUAUCUCUGUGAGAAAAGAGAGAAACAGUGCUCAUAACUUUGAGUAAAAUGUUGCUCCACAUUACACAGAAAUACUGACCUAACUUUACAGCAUUUGCCAUUUCAAUGCUACUGAAACAAUGUAUUUCAGUCCAGAUGAUGCUGAAGAGGACUAAAUGCUAAUGAACUAAUAUUUCUAGGACAACUCUGAGACCUCUGUAAGGUCUCCACUGCUUACAGGAUUAGAGAGACCACUAUUUCUCUACUACAGUAAAAAUAGCUCUCCUGGUAAAAUGUGUGUAUUUCACAAGAAAACCGUUUGUUUCAGAGCAGAUGCCUGGGCAAAUAAUGAAAAAGGAAGUGGUCUUUUCCCCCUUAAGAUCCUUUCAAACUGAAAGAGCAAAUAUCUUCUCACAGAAGUAAAGGUCUAUGAACAUCUUUUCUCUCUGAUAAAACAAAUAAUGCUCUUUUGAGUACAGGUACUCCAGUUUGAAGCUCCAAUGCACAAAUAAACAAAAUGUUUUAUAACUUAGUGAUACAAGAACUGACUACUACAUCUAUUCUAUGUAAAUCAUUAGUAUUUUAGGCAUAGUUAUAUUAUGUGACUCUAAGGAAGAAAAAAUUAAUUGUAAGAUGGAAGCAGUGGAGCUCAUUUAAUGUUUUCUUGAGAUGUCUUAGACUACUCAAGCUGAACUACAAAACUUCUAUCUUAGUGCAAUACUUAUAUAAUUUUUAUCUGCAUAUUCUUAGCUUAUUAUGUCUUUAUAUAAUGACCUUUAAAGCUGUCUAAAUUGUCUUGACAAAAUUUUGUUGUCAAAGGAAUACAUGAACUAUAAAUAAAACCCUUAAUUAUUUCUUGGGUUAUUCUGCCACACACUAGAAAACAAAUACGUGCACAUAUUCUGUGAACUAAAAUAUCAGUAAGUUGCUUCAAAAUGUAAGCACAUUCUUCUUCUCACAGGCUGUUAAAAUAUUUCCUGUGAAGGCUUCUCUGUCCAAUGCACCAGAAAAAGAUUUCAGGGCACAUGGCAACAGACCUUACACAAAAUACCUGUGCAAAGAAUACGCACUAAAGGCAUGUUAGUGUUAAGUGAAUUACAUAUUUCUGCUCAUGAGAAUUCUCAUCCUACCACAGGAAACAGCAGCUGUAACAAUGUAAUUACUGCUAUACUUCUUCAAACUAUAGCUCACUGCAGAUAACGUAAGCCUCCCAUUCAGUCAUCUCAAUGUUAAAAUCUAUGCAAAAUAAACCAAACCCUAAACUUUU